AUUUCUAAACACUUCUCCUGUGUCCAUUCCAUUUCUAACACUCUUAUUUUCAAGCAAAAAUGUUUCCAGCAUGUACUUAAAUGCAAUGAGUUAAAUGAACGCGUAUUUUUGUUCGGGUCCGAACACGUCUACCGCCUAAACACCGUCCACAUUGAGCACGAAAUUUCUUUGAUGGACCAACGGCGCGCGGAUCGGUCUGAGCGUAUUCGCCGAACAAAGCGUGCUUGUUCGGUUCGCUUCGGAUUCCAGUCCACAUCAGAAUGCUCGUUCCGUUCGCAUUGUGCUCAUUCGGAUUCGUGCUCAAAUGUAUACGCGGCUUAAAGGCGCGUAUACAUCUGAGCAUUCGGGUCGAAUGAGCAAGGCGAGCGCGAAUGAGCAUUUGGAAGGGGGCUGCGUACACAUCUGAAUGGGACACUCGAGCGAGACACAUGAGCUUUCAUUCGGAUUGCUCCAUGAAUGCUCGUAGUGCGCGUUUCAAUAUGGCGGAUGAAAGUCUGGCAGUGGCUAGUGCUAGUUUUAUUGUGAUAUGCAGGUUAUUAAAGCAGAAACGAAGGAGACAGAGACGUCGAUGGACAUCACAAUUAUAUAUGAAAAGAGAAAUUGGUAUUAACAGUACCUUGUUAUUAAAUGAUUUGUCCGAAGAAGGGACGGGUCACUUCAAGAAUUUUACCCGAAUGUCCCAAGAUGAUUUUAAUUUUCUUCUAAAUGCAAUCAUAACGAAAAUAAUGAGACGUGACACAGUAUUUAGAAAAGCAGUCAGCGUUGAAGAAAGGUUGGCAGUCACUUUACGUUUUUUAGCUACAGGGGACUCGUAUACUAGUUUACAGUACCUAUUUCGGAUAUCAAAGCAGCUAAUAUCACAAAUAAUACCGGAGGUGUGUCAAGCUCUUAUUGAAUGUUUAAUAGAUCACGUUAAGCUUCCAGCUUCGGAAGACGAAUGGAAAAACGUCGCCCAGAAAUUCGAAGACAUUUGGAAUUUCCCACAUUGCGUGGGUGCUAUAGACGGUAAGCACGUAGUUUUACAAGCUCCAAUUAAAAGCGGAAGUGACUUUCACAACUAUAAAUCAUUCUUUAGUAUUGUUCUGAUGGCCUUGGUUGAUGCCGACUACAAUUUCAUGUUCGUGGACAUAGGAUGCCAAGGCCGCAUAUCGGACGGUGGUGUCUUUCAGAACUGUCAGCUGUAUAAAAAAAUUGCGAAUAAUGCUUUAAAUCUGCCUACAUCUUCGCCUCUAAUUGGAAGAACUGUCGCAAUUCCCUUUAUAUUCUUGGGCGACGCAGCAUUCCCACUAAGUCAACACAUAAUGAAACCCUACGCUGGCCAACAUCCAAAAGAGUCUCCUGAACGAAUAUUUAAUUAUCGGCUCAGCCGGGCACGUCGUGUUGUUGAGAAUGCGUUUGGCAUUGCUUCUAGUGUUUUUCGCGUCUUGCGAAAACCGAUGCUUUUAGAACCCGAAAAGGCACAACUCAUAGUAAUGACAGUAGUUUGCCUCCACAACUUUUUGCGCAGGAGCCAAACUUCAAGAAAUAUAUAUAUACGCCACCUGGUUGUUUGGAUAGUGAAGUCGAUGGAAACACAAUACUCGGCACUUGGCGAACUGAUAAUCAGAAAAUAUCAUCAUCACUUUUACCAGUAAGGAACAUACCACGACGAAGCAAACCAGUGCCUACCAACAUAAGAUUUACUGAAUAUUUUUGUAGCAAUGGCGCCGUUUCCUGGCAAAGCAAAUGUGCCUAAAUAAAUAAUAUUUAUCUGC